AGAUGACUUCAGGAAACCACAGAGUUGGACGAUAAAAAGAGGGAAAUCCUGGCAAGGAUCAGCCCUGGGAGUAGAUGGCCCAGAGACUGGGAGUGUCACAGAUUGGUUGGACCCAAGGGAGCCUCCGUGGCACUAAAGAUACCUUCCUCACAAGUGAAGAAGAGUUGGAGGUGGUGGAGAGAGGCUGUGCCCACUCAGAGAAAACCAACAGGACCAUGAGCUACCGGACCAGCUCACAGAUCAUCAGCCUUACAGAGACCGUGUGUGGAUUCAAUUUGUGCAACCAGCCCAAAUCUGUUCGGUCACGCAACACCCCCUAUGGCCGUUACCUUGAAUGUGUCUCCUGCACCUCAUCCGACAUGAGCUGCGAGAGGGGCCGGGAGCAGAGCCUGCAAUGCCGCUACCCUGGAGAGCAGUGUGUCGAGGUGGUGACCCACCGGAGCCUGGAAGGAAACACAAGGGAUGAGCAACACUCCCGGGGUUGUGGCUAUCUUCCUGGCUGCCCAGGUCCCACUGGCUUUCACAACAACUACACUUUCCACUUCCUGCAGUGCUGUAACACCACCAAAUGCAACAGGGGCCCAGUCCUGGAACUUCAAAAUCUGCCACCAAAUGGAAUCCAGUGUUAUAGCUGUGAGGGCAACAGCACCCAUGGAUGUUCCGCCACAGAGACUUCCCUUAUCGACUGCCGUGGCCCCAUGGAUCACUGUCUGGAAGCCAUAGGCACCAAUGGGCUGGAGAGCCAGAGCUACACCGUAAGAGGCUGUGCGACAGCCUCCUGGUGCCAUGGCUCCCACGUGGCGGACACCUUCAGCCUGACCCGUCUCAAUGUCUCGUGCUGUUCUAAAAGUGGCUGUAACCACCCGGUCCAAGAUGGCCAGUACCGCAGAAGUGGUGCCCCCGGCCAGCCUGGCCCUGCGCACCUCAGCCUCACCAUCACUCUGCUUGCGACCAUAAGGCUAUGGGGAGGCGUUCUUCUCUGGACCUGAACCCCAAGCCCCCACCCUGGCUGGACCCGGGGUAGCACUCUACCCUUACCUCAGCUCUCGUCCCGCAGACUUGGGUGCCAGUGUCCUCUCUGGGACUCAGCUUUCCCAGCUCCAAAGACCUAGCUCACUCAGUGUUCCUGAGAACCAGGGAAAGAAGUUGGGGAAAACUAUAGGUCAGUGCGGGACACUCUUGGUUUUAUUAAUAUUUUUGUCAUUGUUAUUGUGUUAUUAUCCAUUAAUGUUCAUAUUAUUUAUUUUAUAUGUAAAUAAAUUUUUUUAAUAGUGAACCAA